CAAAAGAAGUGAGUUUAGGCUGGUACUUUGGGAAAGAGAAAAUGGGAGCCUAUUGGUCUACAGGAGCUAACAGGUCUAAGGUCAUCGAAAUCCAUUCCACCAAAAAAUGGAGGGUCCACUAUGAAGAAUCCAAAGGAACUGACAAACUGAUGGUGAUUGAUUUCUCAGCUUCAUGGUGUGGACCUUGUGGAUAUAUGGAACCAAUUGUCAAAGAGUUUUCUACAACAUAUACAGAUGUUGUGUUCUUCAAGAUUGAUGUCGACGAGCUAGCUGAUGUGGCCAAAGAGUUCGGGGUACAGGCUAUGCCAACUUUCGUGUUCAUGAAGAAUGGAAAAGAAGUCGAUAAGCUUGUGGGAGCCGACAGGGAAGAACUAGAGAGGAUGAUCCAUAAAUACAGGUUUUGACCCUUCAUUGAUUUUUAACCAACGGGUUCAGGUACCUAUAGUUAGUUCUACAGAUCACCUUUCGUAAGGCUGUGGACAGAUGAAUGAAUAUUGUAAGGUUGUAAAAAGUUGAAUGAAUAAUAGAAGGGUGUUUCCAGCGUGUUCCGUGAA